CAACAGCACACAACAGAGAAAAGUUCAAAAAAAAAAACCAGUUUCUCUCAGAGAAAAUGCAACUCCACACGAUCUUUCCUCGCUGAAAAUUGUUUUCUCCUCACUUCCCCGAGAAAGAAAAAAGCAAGGGAAAAGGAAAAUUCAAUCCUUCAUGAUCCGAAACCACCAUUCUCCACCCGAACUCCCGGUCUCCGCUAUCAAUGGAGGUUCCGACGGUGGCUCCGGUCAGAGUUCCAACUCGAUUCGAGACCGUUCUCUUUUCAAACGAAACCCUAACUGCAAUACUAACACUCCAGACAAAUCAAGUAAAUCACCUCUUGAUCGGUCUGAUCGCCGCAGCCGAUGGCACUAUACAAACAGAAGCUACAACCGCAAGGGGUGGUUGCUCCCUUGCCUUCCAUUUCGCGGCGUUUAUUUAUUCUACUGUUUGAUUUUUUUCUCUGUUUUAGCUUUCGUUUUGGCGUCUAUUUUGUUGCAGAGUUCGAUUACCGGUAUGGCUGUGUUUGGUAGAGGGUGGAUUGAUCAUCGGAGACCGAUCAAAGAAGAUUUGAAAUCAGGUGCUAUGUUGAAAUUCGUGCCCGUGUUAAAAUCACGGUUGCCUUUGGAAGGUCACGGGCUCGAUCAUGUCAGAUUGCUGGCUAAUAGAGUUGGCCUCAGGCCUCCAAGACUCGCCGUUAUCUUAGGAAACAUGAAGAAGGGCCCACAGUCAUUGAUGUUGAUUAGUGUGGUGAUGAAUCUGCGGAAACUUGGUUAUGCACUUAAGAUAUAUGCAGUGGAUAAUGGUGUGACACGAUCAGUGUGGGAGGAAAUAGGAGGCCGGAUAUCAAUUUUAGGACCAGAGCAAUAUGACCAUAUUGAUUGGUCCAUUUUUGAAGCUGUUAUUGUUGAUUCACUUGAAGCCAAAGGGGCAGUUUCAAGCCUCACACAGGAGCCAUUCCAGUCAAUACCGCUUGUGUGGAUAAUCCAAGAAGAUACCCUUGCGAAUCGUCUUCCAUUGUAUCAAGAAAUGGGCUGGCAGCAUUUGCUGUCUCAUUGGAGAAGUAUUUUUAACAGGGCUAAUGUUGUUGUAUUUCCAGACUUCACUUUGCCGAUGUUAUAUACUGUGCUUGACACUGGAAACUUCUUUGUGAUUCCUGGAUCACCAGUAGAUGUGUGGGCUGCUGAAAGCUACAGUAAGACCCACGCUAAGCAUCAGUUAAGGGUGGACCAUGGAUUCAGCAAAGAUGAUUUGGUGGUUCUAGUUGUUGGGAGUUCUUUCUUCUAUGAUGAGCUAUCAUGGGAUUAUGCCGUGGCAGUGCACACCCUAGGACCUCUACUAGCCAAAUAUGCAAGGACCAAAGAUGCUGAAGGAUCAUUUAAAUUAGUUUUCUUAGGCGGUAAUUCCACUGAUGAUAAUGCUUUACAGGAAGUUGUUUCUGGUCUGGGACUUCAUCAUGGCUCUGUGUGGCAUUAUGGCCUGCAUGGUGAUGUCAACAGUGUGUUAUUAAUGGCAGAUGUUGUUCUUUAUGGUUCUUCCCAAAAUGAACAGGGUUUUCCUCCUUUACUUAUCCGAGCCAUGACCUUUGGAACCCCUGUCAUUGCACCCGAUAUUCCUAUCUUGAAAAAAUAUGUUGAUGAUGGAGCCCAUGGGAUAUUGUUCUCAAAAUAUAGCCUUGAAGCAUUGACAAGGGCUCUCUCUCUUUUGAUAUCAAAUGGAAAACUUUCUAAAUUUGCUCAAACUCUUGCUUUCUCUGGAAGACUGCUUGCUAAGAACAUGCUUGCAUCAGAAUGUAUAAUUGGUUAUGCAAGGCUUUUGGAGAAUUUGAUUAGUUUUCCAUCAGAUACCUUGUUGCCUGGUCCUGUGUCUAACCUUCAACGGAGGGAAUGGGAAUGGAACUUGUUCAGCAAGGAACUAGAACAGGAAGUUGAUGAUUUGUUAAGCAUGGCUGAGGGUGAUUUUUCUUUCAUAGAAACCAGUGCUGUUUAUUCCCUUGAGAAAGAAUGGAGCAAUCAUGUUAAUUCAACUAGCAUCUCUGGGAAUGGAACUGAAAUUCUAGUACCAGAUAUCCCAACAGAAUCAGAUUGGGAUGUUUUGAGUGAAAUAGAAAGCUUUGAAGAAUAUGAGAGGGUGGAAACAGAGGAGCUUCAAGAAAGAAUGGAUAAAAGUCAUGGUCCGUGGGAUGAGAUUUAUCGUGAUGCUCGAAAAUCUGAAAAGCUAAAGUUUGAAGCAAAUGAGAGGGAUGAAGGGGAGCUAGAAAGGACUGGCCAGCCAGUAUGCAUUUAUGAGAUAUAUGAUGGAGCUGGGGCCUGGCCAUUUUUGAAUCAUGGAUCUUUAUACCGUGGCUUAAGUCUUUCUACAAAAGCGCGGAGGUCAAGAUCUGAUGAUGUGGAUGCAGUUGCCCGGCUUCCCCUCCUGAACGACAGUUACUAUCAGAAUAUAUUAUGUGAUAUAGGAGGAAUGUUUUCUAUUGCAAACAGGGUGGAUGACAUUCACAAGAGACCUUGGAUUGGGUUUCAAUCAUGGCAUGCUGCUGGUAGGAAGGUUUCAUUAACAUUUAAAGCUGAACAAGUUCUAGAAGAAAAGGUGCAAGAAGAAAAUAUAGAUGUAAUGUACUACUGGGCUCGCCUAGAUAUGGAUGGUGGAGUUACAGGAAGCAACGAUGAACUCACUUUCUGGUCCAUGUGUGACAUCUUAAAUGGAGGACACUGCAGAAUUGCUUUUGAAGAUGCCUUCCGCCAUAUGUAUGGCUUGCCAUCAAAUCUUGAAGUUCUUCCUCCGAUGCCAGAAGAUGGAGGUCACUGGUCUGCCCUGCAUAGCUGGGUCAUGCCAACCCCUUCCUUUCUGGAGUUCAUUAUGUUUUCACGAAUGUUUGUUGAUUCUCUUGAUGCUCUGCAAUCCAACUCUGGCCAAAUGACCAAGUGUCUGUUGAGUUCCUCAGAGCUACAAGAAAAACAUUGUUAUUGUCGAAUAUUGGAGGUCCUUGUUAAUGUUUGGGCUUAUCAUAGUGCACGAAGGAUGGUUUACAUAGAUCCACACACUGGUUCUGUAGAAGAGCAGCACCCUGUUGAGCAAAGAAAGGGAAUAAUGUGGGGAAAGUACUUUAAGCUUAUGGUGUUGAAGAGCAUGGACGAAGAUCUUGCUGAGGCUGCAGAUGAUGGAGAUCAUCCAAGGGAGAGGUGGCUGUGGCCACUAACAGGAGAAGUGCAUUGGCAAGGGAUUUAUGAAAGGGAGAGGGAAGAAAAAUAUAGAGUAAAAAUGGACAAGAAGCGGAAAACAAAAGAGAAACUAUUUGAAAGAUUGAAGUCUGGAUACAAACAGAAACCACUUAGGAAAAUAUAGGAAGUUGAGAUUCUGAAACCCUAAGGGCCAAUUCUGACCACGGAAUAUGCUUGACUCCCAAGUCCUAAUAUGGCUGCUGAAUAUAUUCUUCUCAACUUCAGAGAUGGACAGGGAUCUUGAGGAGAAGAUGAGAAGCUUCAUUUUUUUUUUCUUUUCUAACAGCUUCAGCACGGAUUUUGCUCGUCUUUUCAUUUUCACCAAACACACACUCAUGGGGUAAAGGGGAGAAGAAAACUGGCUUCCCUUUGACUUCAGCUCACAACUCGGGGCAUGUUUGCACGAAACUCCGACUGGCCCCGACUAUACCAGGAUUUUGAGCAGUACCACGCAUGAGUUGAAAUUCUUUUUAACCAUUCAAAUUACUUAUAGUCGAGGGACCGAACCACAUAAUUCGUUUAUCAUUGUAUAUUCUUUUGGUAAUGUAGAUGCAAUUUUGUUACAAAGAAA